CGCCAGUUGCUGCUGUCGCCGCUCAAUUGCUUGUCGCGCGCCGUGAUUGCGCAUCCCCAUGCGGCGCUUUCAGUUGGCAAUGCGAGCACGACUCGGCCACAGUCUCCGGUCUCCGGUCUCCAGCCUCUGAUCUCCGGUCCGCGGCCCGUCAUUCUGAGGCUCAUCAUUCUCCGGCUCUCCAUUCUCGGUUUAGGUUACGUCCCGUUCGGUUUGUCGCCAAACUGCGUUGCGCGAAAAAUUGCGUUUAAUUAAAGUAUAAAGGCCAGCGAGCUCCUCAAUUACGGCUGCCGCUCGUGGGAUGAGUCGCCACAGCCAGCUGAAGCUAGCGAUGCCCUCGGUGCACGGGGCACCUGCUGCUCCAUCUCCUGGUUCGACUUCAUCCGCCUCCAAAUCUCGGAGCGUGAAGCUGGGCCUGGGCGUUAAUCAGCGGACAGGUCGGGUGCAGUGGUGUCCGGGCCUGACCUGCUGCAAAUUGCUUCUACUGCUUCCAGUGGUAAUGCUGCCGCUGACCCUGGUGCUCAUCCUGAUCAUGCGGCUGGACGGGAUGCUGGCGGCCCUGCAACUGAACGAGCAGAGGAUGCGCGAUCGCCAGAACUCCGCUGCCGAAUUUCCCGCCUAUGUUGAAGACUUUGAAUCCGUGGUCCCGGAGGGCAGCACCUACAAUGAGCUGAUCAAGGAGGAGUUCAUCCUGCCGGCGGAUAAGCGGGCCCAGCUGGAACUUCUGGCCGCCGAACGGGAGCGGCGCUGCCAGCCCUACCGCUAUGGGAAUGGGGAGGCGAUGGAGCUGGAGGAGCGCAACACGCUGAUGAAGGACUCCCGCACCUCCUUCCUGCCGCUGGGCAUUCCGCGCGAGUGCCUCGGCAGUGGUGUCGACCUGGACAUCAAGCCCCUGGACGACGAUCUCUAUCGGCGCCAGACGAAGCGCUACCAGGACAUAGCUCCCUACUGGCUGGAGUGGAGCCGGAGGCGGGAACGGCGCGAGGCCGAACGCCAGGCCGAAGAGGCCAGUCCCGAGAUCAGCGACGCCAUCGCCGCCUUGCAGAGUUUCUGGAACGAGGAGGGAACCCGGGAGGGCAUACGCCUCACCCAGGCCAAGACCAUGAAACGCUCCAUGGACAACAAAGUGGAUCCCUGCGUGGAUUUCUACAAGUACGCCUGCGGCAACUGGGAGCGCUUGCAUCCGAUACCCAAGGACAAAGCCGGUUUCGAUACCUUCGAGAUGCUGCGCGAGAGUCUGGACUUGGUGCUGCGAAAUCUCCUCGAGAAGAAUGCACCGGUGCAUCCAGCGGCGGAACCACGAAAGAGCCCGGUGAGGAAUACGCUCUUCAAACUCAAUGAGCAGGGCGAGGGCGAAGGUGAAGCUGACCAGGCUGCGGAACUGACGGCGGAACGUCUCCGUCGCCACAUCGUCAGUAAGAGGCAGUUGCUCAACCGGGUCCUGGUGCGCUACAAACGCUACACCAACGGAACCAAGCGGAAACGCCUCAUCGAGACGCCGCGUGAGAGGACCAAAGAGGAGGAAGCUGCUCCACCCGCCGCUCCGCCGAAAGAGAAGUCCAAAGAUAGGUCAGAGACCGAGGAGCAACUGCAUGUCCCCACUGAUUAUCUGAAGCCCCAGCACGACGCCCAGGUGAAGGCCAAGAACCUAUACCGCUCGUGCGUGAAUAGCCAGGUGCUGGCCAAGCGGGGACUGGAGCCGCUGCACACCCUCAUCCGGGAACUGGGCGGGUGGCCAGUGCUGGAGCCGCAGUGGAGCGACUCCCACUUCAACUGGCAGGUGCUGGCCGCCACGCUGAGGCGCUACAACAACGACAUCCUCAUUGUCCAGUGGGUGGGGGCGGACAUCAAGAACUCCGAGGAGAACAUCGUCCAGUUCGACCAGACGGGCCUGGGCCUGCCCACCAGGGAGUACUUCCUGCAGCCGAGCAACACCAAGUACCUGCAGGCCUACCAGCGCUACAUGGCCGAGGUGAUGCACAAGAUGGGCGCCUCCAAGGCGGACGCCCAGCGGGUGGCCAACGAACUGGUGGUGUUCGAGACGCAGCUGGCCGGGAUUACGGCGCCAGCGGAGCAGCGACUCAAUGUGACCAAGCUCUACAAACGGAUGACGCUGGACCAACUCCAGGAGGUGGUGCCGGACAUCAAGUGGCGUGCCUAUCUGCAGAGCCUGCAGGAGCGCGAGGUCCUUGGCUCCGAGGAGGUGGUCAUCUACGCAGUGGAGUACAUGAGUAAGUUAGUGAAUCUGCUCGAGGAGACCGAUCCCCGAACGGUGGCCAAUUAUAUGAUGUGGCGCUUUGUGAGGCAUCGCAUAAACAACGUGGACGAUCGUUUCGACGACAUCAAGCAGCACUUCUACCACGCUCUUUUCGGCCGGGAGGAGAGUCCCCAGCGCUGGAAGGUGUGCAUCGCCCAGGUGAACACCAACAUGGGCAUGGCCGUGGGAUCAAUGUUCGUGAGCCGCUACUUCGACAACAACAGCAAGCGGGACACACUGCGGAUGACCCACGAUCUGCAGCAAGCCUUCCGCGAUAUCCUGAAGACCACAGAUUGGCUGGACGACACCACCAAACAAUUGGCCGAGGAGAAGGUGAACGCCAUGUCCCUGAAGAUCGGCUACCCGGACUUUAUCCUCAAUCCGGGUGAGCUCAACAGCAAGUACGCAGGCAUCGAAAUCCAUCCGGACAAGUACUUCGAGAACACGCUAAACGUCCUGCUCCACACGGCCAAAACGGAGCAGGCCAAGUUGCACGAGCGGGUCAACAAAACCAAUUGGCAGACGGCGCCGGCCAUCGUGAAUGCGUAUUAUAGCCGCAACAAGAACCAGAUCAUGUUCCCUGCCGGCAUCCUGCAGCCGCCCUUCUACCACCGCCACUUCCCCAAGUCGCUGAACUUCGGGGGCAUCGGUGUGGUCAUUGGCCACGAGCUGACCCACGGCUUUGACGACAAGGGAAGGCUCUUCGACCGCAACGGCAACAUCCACAAGUGGUGGACGGACUCCUCGAUCCGGGGAUUCGACGAGCGUGCCCGCUGCAUUAUCGCCCAGUACAGCAAUUACACCGUGGAGGAGGUGGGCAUCGUCCUGAAUGGAGAGAGUACGCAGGGUGAGAAUAUCGCAGAUAAUGGGGGCCUGCGCCAGGCAUUCCACGCCUACCAGCGCUGGCUGAAGGAGCACCCCAGCGAGGUCCAGGACGAGGUCCUGCCGGGACUCAAUAUGACGGGGUCGCAGCUGUUCUUCCUCAACUUCGGGCAGGUGUGGUGCGGAGCAAUGCGACCGGAGGCCAUUAGGAACAAGCUGAACACGGCCAUCCAUAGUCCAGGUCGCUUCCGGGUGAUCGGAACGCUCUCGAACUCCUUCGACUUUGCGCGGGAGUUCAAUUGUCCCGUGGGCUCGCCAAUGAAUCCCGUGAAGAAGUGCAGCGUUUGGUAGUCGCGUUACCAAACCUAUAGCCUAAGAGUAUUACAAAUGACGUAUGCCACGCAGUCCUAGACCAAAGACCGAAGGCAAGCCAGUUGGGUUCAAUUGACAGAUUCCCAAAGAAAUGUCUCGGAUCGGAUGGGAUUAUUUCGACUCCCAUCAGUCACAAAAAAAGAUACAGUGCCAAAAAUGAACUUUCAAAUCUAUAUAUUUUUCUUAGCCCUUAACUAUUUAUAUUUGUAACUUGCAAUAGUUUAGUUUAUGAUGCAAUUUAUGUUUGUGAUAAUUCUAAUUAAAUGUAUAUUAUCAAAUUC